AUGGAAGACGACAAGGGUCCGCGGAAGCCGUUGCGCACGCCCAAGUGCGCGCGGUGCCGUAACCACGGCGUCAUCUCGUGCCUCAAGGGACACAAGCGGCUGUGCCGGUGGCGCGACUGCCGCUGCCCCUCCUGCCUGCUCGUGCUGGAGAGACAGCGGGUCAUGGCUGCGCAGGUGGCGCUCCGUCGACAGCAGAGUGCCGGCGGCGCGGCGCGGGACGGCGAGGCAGCGGCGCUGGCUGCACGUAAGCGAGCGUACCGCGCCCGCCUGCGCUGCAUGCAGAUGUCCAGGACAUACCCCAUGCAGCCCGCUUAUGGCAACGUACGCAUGGAUUCGUCUUGGAGCGAGCGGUUGCGGCGUCGCCGUGCGUUCGCGGACGCGGCGCUGGGCGAGCCCGCGGCGUUGUGCCGCCACCUGUUGGCCGCGCUCCUCACUAAUUACAUACCGCCACCGCCCCCGCCAAAGAAUCCAAAGAUCUCCUUCUCCAUCGAGUCUAUAAUCGGCGUUAAGUAGAAGAAACUAUAAUAUAGUAUAGUCAGAAAAAACAAAACUAUAAAGGUAAACAACCACAAAUUUUUGGUUGCCUUUUUUGAGGCUAUGAAAUAUUUUAAGGAUUCUAUAGCCCAGUUUCGGAACACGUAGAAAUUCGUAAAUUGAAUUUUUUCUCCUUGUACUUCGCGCACGAAAAUUAUUUGUAAAAUUGUAAAAAUUAUGGCUAAGAAAAUGAGAGAGACAGUAGCGAUUCAAUGAAUUUGUACUUACGUGUUUCUCGACGUGACCGUAUGUUAAAAUUUUUCUUUUUCUGAUAAAUAUAACAAUCAGUAUUUAUGUCUACCAAAGAUUAGUUU